UAACCUUACUGAAUAAAUUUGGAAUUUAUAUUAAUACUUUCAUUAAAUUCAAUUAUUUUAUAUAAAAGGGUGACACCAUGUUUUUAUUUUUAAUGCCCUCAUAAAAGGUAAAAAAUGCUCCAACAAAUCAAAUCAGGGAAGCAAAUUUUGCCCCAUAACAAAAAAGGAAGAACUACAUUUUGAAAUGGGAUGAUGAGUAACUACACCUACAGACUCCCGUUUUAUUAAUCCACACGAUUAAACAAAGCAAGUAUAAUUUAGUCUUGCGUAUGUUAAUGCGUGUUGUACAUUUAUAAUUCCAAUAAGUACAGUUUUAUAUCUUAAAAUGAGUCGUCUUCCAAAGCAACUUAAAUAGCACAGAUGUAGCCGGACUUAGCAAGCUAAUUAAGCUAAUAACAUUUUGCUUUGUCGUCUUUAUAUUCAUCAUCAUCAUUGGUUCCUUCUGCCUGUAGAAUAUCGAAAUUGAAACUGAAUGCCAUGUCUAAUAUUAAUUCAACCACUGAAGUGCGUAAACACGUGUGAACUGCUACACGAGUGCAACUACAAUUUCCACAAACCUUAUCUGCAGUUGGAUCGUAAUCGCAUAAAAAAAGAAUCGAACUAAACAGUCAUUUUGAUUAAUUAAUUAGAUAUUACAACGAUAUGAAGUAAAUGUUACGAUAAAAUUCAAAACCAUGUAUAUAUAAAUAUUCCAGAAAAUAUUUACGCUCCACUUCUUAUACACCAAUUCCCAGAAUUCAGAAGUAGGGGGCGGUUCAGACUAAGGGGUCAGGAAUUGGCUGAUUAGCCCUGUUAGCACCUGCUGGUAGAUGCUGGAACUACACCAUCCGAUGGCAAAAAUCAUGUUUCUCCAUAGACAGCCAUUCAAAAGUAGCCGUGUUUUAUGACGAAAUAAACACAAUUCCAAGAACCAUUUCAACUUAAAUUAUUUUAUUAAAUUAUAGCACAUCGUCAUCCGGUGACGGAUUGUUUUUGAAGGGCUCUUAAAAGAGUGAAAUUGAUUUAUAUUUUCCCCUAUCGAGUGAUCAGUCACGUAACACCCGAUCCCGGAACAUAUCGUCCAUGAGCAAAUAUGGCAACCUCCAUUUCGCUAGCUUUCUGGGAACCCUGCGAUAGCUGAGCAUAGUCAUAGUGAUGAAUGGGGGGGGGGGGUGCUAACGGAUAGCUCCCUCCAGGUAUUUUAUAGCUCCAUGGUUCAGACCGAACACCUUGCGUUUAAAUAGCGCGAGAAUCGAAAAGCGCUUUCAAUAGUUGACGUUCUAUUUGGCUUGACACGGCGUCUAAAAACGCGACGCUGAAAAAAAAAUAAAAAUGCUGGAUGUGGCGCAACGGCCAAAGACGUCCGUCUAGCACAUCUUUAUAUAGAAAAACAAUGGAGAUAUUGCUCAGAGUCAUAUGCAGUAAAACUGCAAUUCCCAGAAUCCCGUCGUGAAAGCUCACAGUCCUGCGCAUCAGUCAAAAAGCGAAGCAGAUGAAAUCAAAGGGGUUGAAACUCCUGUUUCAAUUUAUGUUUCUCCAUCUGUCGCGAUUAAAUGCUCUUUCAGCGGUAUCAUGAGUUGAGUCCAUCGCACUGGUAGAAGAAAUAUCUCGGACAGGGGCAGAAUAUGCGUCCCUGCUCCGCUGUCAUGCACCUGAUGUUGGGGUGCUUGCGCGGGUGUGGCAGGCACAGUCGCUGCCGUCUGCCCAGGCGAGUGAGGCAGCCUGUAAGUUACAUCAAACUUAUCUUCAAAUCCCUGUAUUUUAGUUCACUCACUAAUUCUGAAGUGAUGAUGGACUCCAUCCUUGAGCCAGUGUUUUGGAUGGUGGAGGUUGUCACACGCUGGUUUGGAAUGGUCUUUGUAUUUUUAGUAGUAGCUCUCACCAGCUCUGUGGUCUGCAUCGCAUACUUCUGCCUUCUGCCAUUGGUCUUGCAAACAUACACUCCUGGCUGGAUAAUGUGGCACAUUUGUUACGGACAUUGGAACUUGGUCAUGAUAGUCUUCCAUUACUACAAGGCCACAAAGACCCCCCCUGGAAAUCCUCCUAAGUUGAAAAAUGACAUCCCGUUUGUGUCAGUCUGUAAAAAGUGUGUCAUUCCUAAACCAGCGAGGAGUCAUCACUGCGGCAUUUGUAAAACAUGUAUUCUAAAAAUGGACCAUCAUUGCCCUUGGCUCAACAACUGUGUUGGUCAUUACAAUCAUCGUUACUUCUUCUCGUUUUGUCUCUAUUUGACUUUGGGCUGCAUGUACUGUAGCAUCAGCGGUCGUAAUCUCUUUAUUGAUGCAUACAGUGCUAUAGAUCAAUUCAGGCACAUGGAAGCGGAGAAACAGGGGGUCCCGGUGACGGGGAUUGGGUUGCUUAUCGGCAUCGUACCAUCAGAAGCCGUGGCUGGGAAGGUCAUUUCACAACCUCCAUAUACCUAUAAGGACAGGAUGUUUCACAAGAGUGUUAUCUACAUGUGGGUCCUCACAAGCACAGUGGCAGUUGCACUUGGAGCUCUGACAUUGUGGCAUGCUGUACUCAUCACCCGUGGAGAGACCAGCAUUGAACGUCAUAUAAAUAAUAAAGAGGCCAGACGCUUGACGACACGUGGAAAGGUUUAUCGGAAUCCUUUCAAUUACGGUAAACUAAAUAACUGGAAAGUGUUCUUUGGUGUGGAAAAGAGAAGUCACUGGCUGACACAUGUUCUCCUACCGUCUGGACACACCCCAUAUGGUGAUGGACUGACAUGGGACAUCUACCCUCUUAAAAAAGACAUAGUGCCUGUCUGAGACAUUAAAGACCUGGUUGUCCUAGUUGGUAAUGGUAAUGGCCAACACUUUCACCAGGGUGAAUCCCACCUGCUGUGCCAAGGCUGAAUGCAGAACCUAUAGAGCCCAGAUUUAGACAGUGAUUUUAUGGGAUGAUGCUUGCUCAUCCUAGCCAAAUGAAAAGAAUGUCCUCCAGAAAGAACAUUCAUUUUUGGAUGUUUUUGUUCAAUAUUUUGUAAUGGAAUUCAUAAUAGCAUUUGCUGUUUAUGGAAGAUACUGUGCUUUAAGCAGGGUUUGAAGUGCUUGUAGCCAUUUGGGGCUAUUUCCCGUAUCAUGUAUAUUUGUGUAAUUUUGUUUUUAACUCGUAACUUAUGUCAUACAGUGUCAUUGUUUAAGAUUUAUAUGCACUGAAAUUAAAUGCUUUCUUUCCAAGUCAAAAACCUUGCCAGUGAUUUUAUUACAUGCAUAAUUUGUCACUACAUUUCGUUAGGAGUUUUACAGUUUCUUCCAAGAUUUUAAACAUAUCUUACAAUUCAAUAUCUUUGUAGCAUUUCUUAACACUUUAAAUGCAUCACUUAACACAUUGUAA